CCACAAUGCCCCCACGCCCACACACUGCCCCCACGCCUCCACGCCCACACAGUGCCCCCACGCCCACCCAGUGCCCCCACGCCUCCAUGCCCAUCCACCACCCCUGGUGCUGGUGCAGCAGCGAGGGUCUGAGGCGGGUGCCGUGCUGCGUCCUCACUGCCGCUGACUUCUGUUGCAGUGGAGGCUGCAGGGCCGGGCAGCAGCCUGAGGGGCCAGGACCAGCAGGAGCAGCCUGCCACUGCUGUGAGGAUCAGUGCCAGACUAUGCAGUACAGUAAAGUGCAAUUCCUUCAUCAUAUUUUGUGCCAAAGAAAAAAUUCAGUGCCAUACCUUUGAACAGCACCUUGCAUGCUCUGAUCAGGGGUGCUCAGGAGAACCACCACCACCACCACCGCCACCACUUUGCUGCUGGCAUCUCCAGCCAUAAAGGAAAGGGAGAGUUUGAGUGAGAGAAGGUUUGAGACCGAGAGCAAGUUCACCAGACACAGCCUUGCACACACUGCUGAAGGGAAGCAUGAGUGCCAAGAGUGUGGGAAAAGACUCCCUGGGAAGGGUGACCUCAACAAACACACCCACCUACUCUGGUGGAAGACCUCAUGAAUGCCAAGAGUGUGGCAAAGUGUUCAGUAGGAAGAGUGACCUUAACAAGCACACCCUUACACACACUGGUGAAAGACCUCAUGAAUGCCAAGAGUGUGGCAAAGUGUUUAGACACAAGAGUCACCUUAACAGACACACCCUUAUACACACUGGUGAAAGACCUCAUGAAUGCCAAGAGUGUGGCAAAGUGUUCACUCAGAAGAGUCACCUUAACACACAUAUGCUUACACACACUGGUGAAAGACCUCAUGAAUGCCCUGAGUGUGACAAAAGGUUUAGUUUGAAGGGUGAACUAAAUAGACACAUACUUAAACACACUGGUGUAGGACCUCAUGAAUGCCAAGAGUGUGGCAACGUGUUCAGUAGGAAGAGUGAGCUUAAAAAACACACCCUUAGACACACUGGUGAAAGACCUCAUGAAUGUCAAGAGUGUGGCAAAGUGUUCAGUACGAAAAGUGACCUUAAAAAACACACCCUUAGACACACUGGUGAAAGACCUCAUGAAUGCCAAGAGUGUGGCAAAGUGUUCACUCAGAAGUGUCACCUUAACACACACACCCUUACACACACUGGUGAAAGACCUCAUGAAUGCCCUGAGUGUGACAGAAGGUUCAGUGUGAAGAGUGAAUUAAAUAGACACAUACUUACACACACUGGUGAAAGACCUUAUAGAUACCUUGAGUGUGACAGAAGAGCAGGUGCAAGGAACAGUGCUCGCCUCUGUGGUGCAAGUGUUGGCGUGGGUGAGGGUGAUGAACCAAGGAAGAGAAAAAGGAAUGAUGAACCCGAGGCCAAAAACACAGACACUUCUAAAAAGUGCAAUGGCACUGAUCUUAGCGUCCAGUAG